GCGAAGUCAUAACCUCUUUGGAAAAGUCUGAGUACGAAGAUUACAGAACCAUUGCGAGGGAUUGCGGCGUUGGGAAAGAACUUGGAGCUCUCCAAAUUCGAAAUACUACACCAGCUGAUGGAAAUCCACCUGCCAUACCACUAGUUCCACUCCACACUGUAUGGAAUGAAGACUGGCUAACAUCUCCAAUUUCGGUUCAAUCAAAUUUAAAAUCACCAGUCAGGACUAUUUGA